AUGGGAAAUCGGGGAUGGGAUCCAGUCUGGAAGGGAGGACUAUCGAGUAAACAAGAUCGGAAUUAUGCGGAGAAGAUCUGCAAGAUCGAGUAUCAACAAGGUAGGAUGGUUUCAUGGUUAAUGGAGGAUUUGCGAGGAUUUUCUUUAUGCAAAUCUGGGAAAGUAUUGGAAAGAUUUGGGCUCCUGAUUAAGGUUACUAACGGGAUAUGGAAGCUAGAGAUUUAUUUUCAGGAUCUGCGAUGUGGAGUGGUGAUUAAUGGUCAGGGAGAUCAGAACCAGAGGCCCAAAGAGCAACUAGGGUACGUUGGCAAAGGAAAAGGCAAGAUGUAUGAGGAAAAUAUGGCAGAAUGGACUCAAGUGCUGGAGAGGGGGAGUAAGAGUUCGUACUCACACCAUAACAAUAAUAGAAUGGAUGACGGAGACUCCAGAGGUCAGCGUGGUGGUCGUCGAGAACAAGGCAGAGGUCACACUUAUGCAGAUAGAGGACGGGUUCAUAGUGGGGACAGAAGGGGAAAAAGACCUUUACGCAAUACUGGAGGAGAACAUCAUGAGGAAGGUGAGUUUCUGGCUAAGGAUAAGAAUUUAGUUCGAGUUCGAAAAGAGGCUGAAAAGGUAAGAGGGUUAAUGGUGGAACGCCAAGAACUUACAAUCACCAAUAACCAGGAGUUUGCGGUGGCUAAGGAACAUGUAAGGCAGGAAAAGGAGUUAGAGCUGCGAGAUGAGACUGCUGCAGAGGUCACAGAGGGAGUAACAUUGCUUACAGUUAAUGAGACCAUGGAUUUGGGAGAUGAUAAGAUCAAGUUGGGAGUGGAGGAAUAUUUCAUUGGCGAGAAUGACUUACAAGAUCUCACAGACGAGGAGGGUAAGGGAGUGGGGGAAGAAGGUGGUCUAGCUGAGCCAGACAUCGAAUUUUCAGAGGUUGAAGAACCAGACAGAAAUAUGGGAGAUGGAGACAAGAAGGCAGGGACUAGGAAACAGCUGUUUGUUGCAACAGGAGGGAAUCCAGCAAAGAAGUUUCGUCAGGUUUUGCUAUCACCUCGCAAGCGGGCAACAACUAAACAGGGGAUCAUAAAGGGAGGGGGAGCUAAGAAUGUCGAUGAAAAGGGAUCCUUAAACCCUAAGCCGACUGCUAAACAUUAA